AUGUCUACCCACGACAACUCGCAUUCCACAGAGCUUACUUCCACCUCCCCGCAAUUACCAUUUCAUGAAUACGUUGAGACAGAUGAUGUAUCGUCUGAUGUGGGAGACCUAUCUUAUGAAGAGGAAUGCUCGAUCUACACAACAAGUCUAAGUUCGAGCGUCUUCGCAUACAAAUUUGAGCAUGACCGUCGUUACCACGCAUACAGAGAUGAGAAGUACUAUCUCCCGAACGAUGAUGAAGAGAAAGGCCGUCUCGAUCUUUUUCACCAUAUUUUAACUCUUGGUUGCAACAACAAACUCCACCUUGCACCGAUUAGCGCUAAUGUCGAAGAGAUUCUGGAUUUAGGAACUGGCACCGGGAUUUGGGCUAUAGACAUGGGGGAUAUAUAUCCUUCAGCAAAGAUUUUGGGCAACGGUCUUAGCCCCAUACAACCUACUUUAGUCGCCCCUAAUGUGAGGUUUGAAGUGGAUGAUGUAGAGAAUGAUUGGGUUUACCGCUCAGAAUUUGACUAUAUACACGCUCGCUACUUUGCAGAAGCGAUCAAGGAUUGGCCGAACCUAUUACGCCAAGCAUUCAAGUACGAGAUACGCAUUUUCUUUGGUUACCCGUCCGCAUGCCUAUACGGGCACUGGUGCGGCGAUAGGUUCACUAAACCAGGGGGCUGGGUGGAGUUCCAAGAUUUCGAAAUGCAAUUCUACACGACUAACGGGGAAUUCAAGACCGGCUGUCCGUUAGAGAAGUGGUGUACUGAAAGCAUUGAAGGCCUACGGUCUGUUGGACUGGAACCUUCUCCUGGCCCCAAAUUACAACAGUGGUUCAAGGAUGUCGGAUUUACCAAUGUACAGCAGAAGGUAGUGCCCGUGCCGGUGGGAGUCUGGCCAAAGGGCAAAAGACUGAAAACUGUAGGCGCUCUUAAUUACCACCAAUUCAAUGGCGGGCUGGAUGGCAUGUCGCUACGUAUAUUCACAGCUAUGAAGGGCUGGCAGCCGGAAGAGCUACGGGAAUUUCUAGCUGAUGUGAGGGAGGAUCUUAGAAGCCCUCGACUACAGGCACAGCAUAAUUUUAAUGUGGUGUAUGGACAGAAACCAGAAUGA